AUGCGGACGUUCUUACAUUUAUCUGAAUCGAAUAAAAAACUAUCAGAAUUUAUAUAUUUGGCAAAUGAUAACUCUCUUCUACAAUCUUUGCAUAAUAUUUGGAAUAUUGACAAGGAUUUUAAAGGUUGCCUUUCUGAAGAUUAUAGUCAAAUAAAGAAUGAUGAAAACGUUUUAAAAACGUCCUGGUGUGAUAAGUAUACUACAAUUAUAUAUCGAGGAAAUGGGAAGUGGCAAUCCUCAAACAAAGAAAGAUUCCAUCGUCAACCUUUGCCGGACUAUCUGAGGUGGUUGGGAACUGAAGAAUUGCAUUAUCUCCCAUACGAGAUGAGAGCUAGUCUUGAUGAGGGAAUAUGGGAUUCGAUCGAGGGCUGUUUUUUACCCACUCACAUUUUAGACAUGGCUUAUCUUGUUUUGCCUGAACUGCCUCCAACUGUUAUAAAGUCUUUGGGAUUGUUGUCAUGGACGACAGAAGAAGAGGUAUUGAAGUAUUAUGACGAGAAAAAGAAAGAGACAAAACAAGACAUGGAAGACAACUUAAAGAAAGACCAGUGGAGGUCUCAUGUACUCCAUGCAAAAAAAAAACAAAGAGCUUAUAAAAAUCUGUCAGGAACGGAAGUUGGAUGUUUCAGGGAAAAAACACGAGCUUGUUGAACGCAUUUCCGCCAAGCAAGGCGAAAAACCACCAAAACAAGUCGAGUUGUACACCGGCCAAGCAAUCCCAAAAACAAUUAAAAAGCUGGGGAAGCUACAGCUGAGCUAUUUAAAGUCUAUUUUACGCUGGUAUGGGUUGCCUUCAAUGGGCACGAAAGACAGCAUUAUCCUGAACGUUUCUUUGAUUGCAAACAAUAGAAGGCAUCUUUGUUUCAUGAGAGAGCGAAAAAUGCUUCUUGACCUUGUUUCUAUGUCCAAAAGUCUCAUCAUCGAAGAAAAAAAGCAACGACUGCUACUAGAAACAACACCAACUUAUAGAUACAGGACUUUCUUAACAACGACCUUUCAACAUCUUUCAUCAAAACGUCCUCGCCAAAACGCUUCGGUCCAGUCUCUUCAUUCAUCAACUUCACAUAUUGAGGUCCCUGAAGAGAUCACAUUAAUUAACAUUGAAGAAAUAUUUGACGAGUUUGCCAAUAACAUUAUGAUCAAAAAUGCCUUAGCAACAAGAUCUGAUGAAGCGAUGACGACAUUAGAAAGUUCUCUACCUGAGAAGGAUGUAGUUUCAACAAUAUUAACAUGUGGAGCAAUUGUAAAAGUUUUCUGGAGUGAGGAAGAUUGUGAAGAAACAGGGUGGCACGAAGGGUGGUAUCUUGCAGUGGUGAAAGACGUUAUCGACAAGGAAGAAGCGUUGAUUAAUAUAUCUUACGUUGUUGAACCGGAAUGCUUAUAUGAAACAAAUGUCACACAAUUAUUAAGCGAUAAAAAAGUCAUGCUACAUGAAGGAUCUGAGAUAGAGGAAUUCUACGAGGUUGGUUGCAAAGUUAAAGUCAGGUGGAGUAAAGAGGAAAUCGGAGACUCGGGGUGGAGAUUAGGAUCGUAUGUUGGGGAGGUACAACAAUCUGACCCUGACAAUGAUGAAAUCAAGGUAGUAUUUCAAGCGGAACCAGAUGCAACCUACUCAUACGAAGUUACUUCUUGUUUGGCAUAUGGAUGUUUACAGAUGGUCAAGUCAGUAUUAUAG